AAUGCUUUCGUUGGGGUCCCUGUGCUCAUAUAUUACAUUCUGGUCAGAGAAGACACACAUGUAAAUGAGAAUUUCAUAAUUGAGUGAUGAACAUUCCUGAUGGCCUCUAAAAGGAUGUUUAAGAGGACAAAGAUAACCUUGGUCAUUGGUGACCUUGUCAAGACCAGUUUGAAUGGAGCAGCAGGGACUGAACUCUGGUCGGAGGAGGCUAAAGAACACGAGGAGAGGAAAUGGAGUUGAGACUUUAAAUCUUUUCAAGCUUUCUGAGUGAGGGGGAGCAGAGAAUGGGUCUUUGGCCAACUGGGGUGGGGGAAGUGGUGUUUUUUUUUUUUUUUAGAAGGUACCAGAGCAUGAUAAUGUGCGACGGGUAUGAUCCAGCAGAAAGGGAAGGAGUUUGCUGACGCUACGUGGAGGAGACGGUUACAGACUAGGUUGCAGAGCCUCGGUGGGAUGGCCUUUGAUGGGGGAUUAACAACUAAUAUUUAUAUAAGACCGAAGAGAAAGAUGUCAUUCCGUAAAGUAAACGUCAUCAUCCUGGUCCUGGCUGUUGCCCUCUUCUUACUGAUUUUGCACCAUAACUUCCUCGGCCUGAGUAGUUUGCUAAGGAACGAGGUUUCAGAUUCAGGAAUUGUGGGGCUUCAACCGAUAGACUUUGUCCUAAAUGCUCCCCAACAUGGGGCAGAUGAGCGACAAGAGGAGAUUCCUGUGGUCAUUGCUGCAUCCGAAGAUAGGCUCGGUGGGGCCGUUGCAGCCAUAAACAGCAUUCAGCACAACACACACUCCGACGUGAUUUUCUACAUUGUUACGCUCAACAGUACAGCAGACCAUCUCCGGUCCUGGCUCAGCAGCAGUACCCUGAAAAGCAUCAGGUACAAAAUUGUGAAUUUUGACGCUAAAGUUUUGGAAGGGAAAGUAAAGGACGAUCCUGACCAGGGGGAAUCCAUGAAACCAUUAACCUUUGCAAGGUUCUACUUGCCAAGUCUGGUUCCCAGGGCAAAGAAGGUCAUAUAUGUGGAUGAUGAUGUGAUCGUGCAAGGGGAUAUCCUUGCCCUCUACAAUACGCCACUAAAGCCAGGACAUGCAGCUGCGUUUUCAGAAGACUGUGAUUCGGCUUCCACUAAAGUCAUCAUCCGUGGGGCGGGGAACCAGUACAAUUACAUUGGAUACCUUGACUAUAAAAAGGAAAGAAUUCGUAAGCUCUCUAUGAAAGCCAGCACCUGUUCAUUCAAUCCUGGAGUUUUUGUUGCAAACCUGACAGAAUGGAAAAGACAGAAUAUAACCAACCAGCUGGAAAAAUGGAUGAAACUCAAUGUAGAAGAGGGCCUGUACAGCAGAACGCUGGCAGCCAGCAGCACCACCCCACCUCUGCUGAUCGUGUUUUACCAGCAGCACUCCACCAUUGAUCCGAUGUGGAACGUCCGCCACCUGGGUUCCAGUGCUGGAAAACGCUAUUCACCCCAGUUUGUGAAGGCUGCCAAGCUACUCCACUGGAACGGGCACUUUAAGCCAUGGGGAAGGGCUGCCUCAUAUACUGAGGUCUGGGAAAAAUGGUAUGUUCCGGAUCCAACAGGCAAGUUCAGCCUAAUCCGAAGACACAUGGAGAUCUCAAAUGUAAAGUAAAAUAUACUUUAUGCUACUGACAUCUCAGGAAAUCCUGGCACGUGUGGGAAGUAACAGUUGCUAGGCCUCAGUGUGCAUUUACCACAAGCCACGGGAAAAGGAGCCUUUCAACUGGGUAGAGGACCACCUACCUGCCUGGCAGUCAGCUUCCCAGAGAGACCACCUGUCUCCACCUGCCCUCCCACGUGUGUGCUUACUCUGGUGCCAAACGAUGGGCUGUUCGGCGGGCACAGCUAGUUCAUGCUGCUCCUUGGUUUUAAUGUUGUAACCUUAACCUGUGGCCCGAUUUAUAAAUAAAGUGAAACCUACAUUUUUCAGUA